AUGCAUUUGCCGGAAAAGGACUUUCCUGCAGAUAUAUCUCGAAUUACGGCUACAGAUGACACUACUUGGGCGGGAAAUGCUGACGCCGAUGGCUCCGAUGAUAAUAUAUCAUCUCAUAAUGAGGAAGUUGUGAACAGAAUGCCUGGGAUUGUGCAUGAUGACCAACAGUUGGAAUUGACAAACACAUCGGAUUAUCAUUAUAUUAUAAUCGGUGGUGGAAUCGCUGGCACGGUGUUAGCAUCUCGCCUUCAUGCAAGCCAUCCUCAGUUGUCUAUCCUACUCAUAGAAGCAGGACCAGACGCCUCCAACAAUCCCUUGGUGACUGACUCAGCGAAUGGGCCUUUUCUCGUAGGAUCAGAGUUAGAUUGGGGAUAUUCCACAGUUCCUCAACGUCAUUUGAAUAACAGAGUCUUGCCCAAUAGCGCUGGGAAAGUUCUAGGAGGAGGAUCAGCUAUCAAUGCAGAGAAUUAUCACAAACCGGGACUGGAAACCCAGCACGGCUACGAAGGACCUAUUUAUACGCAAUCAGUAUCGUCUACUGGUCGGGAAUAUCCCUUGCGUGAAAAGAUUCGAAAAGCAUGGGAAUCUCUCGGUAUAAACUAUAACGAAGAUGCCAACUCUGGGUCACCACAGGGACUAGGCGAGCUUGUUGAAAAUCGCAAGGAUGGGCAAAGACAGAUUGCUAACACUGUAUUUUCCCUUACCGGCAUUCAAGUCAUGACAUCUACCCUAGUAACACGUAUAAUCUUUGACAACCUAGAAACACCACCUAAGGCGGCGGCCGUUGAACUUUCAGACGGCCGCAAGAUUUCUGCCACAAAUGAAAUAAUUAUCUCUGCAGGUGCAUACCGCACUCCACAGAUUCUGCUACUAUCUGGGAUUGGGCUAUUCGAAGAAUUAACCAAGCAUGGUAUUCAGCCGCUUGUCGAUUCGCCUCACGUCGGACAGAAUCUGCAUGAUCACAUGUCAGUAUCUCAAUGGUGGAAAUUGAAAAAUCCAGAAGCAGGAUAUGCUCUAGGAUCCCCCUUAUUCAACAACCCCAGUUUUGCCAAAGGAACACCCCUUGAUUGGCUCGUCACACUUCCAGUUCCUCAUGAUGGACUUAAGGCCGCUUUGGCUACGGAUGAAGGAACGGUAGAUGACCUCCAUCCACUUUUAACGCCAGCUCGCUCUCAUAUAGAAUGCUUUACUGUAUAUGUUGGGACAAACAGAUCUGAUCCCGUGAUACCUAUGAAUGGAAGUCAUAUCACCACAGUCGUGUUUGGCGGUCUUCCAACUUCGCGAGGAAGCGUUACAUUGGCAUCUACUGACCCAAAUGCGGCACCGGUCAUUGAUCCUAACUACUUUUCAACAGAAGCUGAUCGAUAUGUAUUACGCACAGGAAUGAGGAAGAUAAUGGAAGCUAUGUUAAGCACUACGGAGGGAAAAGCUAUAAUAGAAACAGAAACCGUAGCAGCUGGAGAGAAGCCUUUGGACUGGAAGGCCCAGGAUGCGGAAAUUGAUAAACGCAUCAAAGCACGCGGAAAGACGGUAUAUCAUGCUGCCGGAACUGCUGCAAUGGGUAAAGUCGUCGACAGCAGUUUGUGUGUAUAUGGAGUGCAAGGACUACGCGUCGUUGAUGCUAGUGUGAUUCCAUUGCCAAUCGCGGCUCAUUAUCAAGCUUGUAUUUAUGCUCUUGCUGAGCAGGCAGCUGAGAUUAUUGGGAACAGCUCUUUACUUGCUUCGGAGUAG